AAAAGUAACCUAAAAUUAUAAUAUGUCUGUAUAAAAACAUUUUAUUUUUGCUUAAAUGUUAAGAUAAUUAUGACGGGGUUGAUAUCUAAACCUUAUCGUUACUUAUUAUUUUCAAAAUGCUAUAAAUGCUUUUUACAAUCAUCUAUAUCAAUUCAAAAAGUUACCAUUAAUAAAUUUCACAGUAGUACAAAUGUAUAUGCCAAAAUGUUUAUUGAGCAUGAAAAUAAAUAUGCCUGUAACGUUAUGGAAAAUAACGGGUACCCAGUAGUUUUGACAAAUAUUGACAUAAGAAAACCUCAAACUUUGUCUGAAGAACGCUAUAGAAAUAUACUGGAAAACAAUUGGUUAAAAGAAACUCCAGAAACAAUUUUUCAAUUGUUCUCAAGCUUGGGUGAAUAUUGUUCUCAACAUAAUAUUUGUAUAUCCAGUAAACAGUUUGAUAAUUAUAUAGAUGCAUUAACAGACUGUAUACAAGUAGCUACAGACGAAGAGUUGAAAUCAAUAUUUUAUGCUCUUAAGAAAUGGCCUGAAACUGAGUCCAUAAGAACUAGAAAUUACAUUGAGGUUUGGGCUGCUCUUGAUGAUGAAUGUUUUAAAAGACUAAAAAAUUGGUCAUUUGAUGAAAUGUUGUCAUUUGUUUCUUUAUUUUAUAUGAUAAAUGUGACAAAACUAAGUUCAUUUGCAUCUAGAUGUCUAUUGAAAUUUACUAGUAAAGCACAACAACUGACAAAAACUCAACUUGUUCAAACUUUAUUUUUUAUUGGAAUUAUGAGGAAAUCUCCACCUGAAAUACAUAACCUGGAAAUUAAAGUAGAAGAAAGAUUUUCUGAGUUCACUGUUGAUGAACUAGCAAUAAUUGCAAUGGGUCUGUUCAAAAGCAAAACUCCAAUAAGAAGCAUAACAUUAAUUUCAAAGUUUAUGGACAAAAUUAUAGAAAACUCUUCUCAGAUACAUGAAGUUUCACUUGCAUCAUUACUAAAAAUUAUAAGGUAUUCUAUAAAAAAAACUGAGAACAAUAAAAUGUAUGACAUGCUUGAAACCCUGCAACAUGAGACUCCUAGACUGUCCAUUAUGUGCAAUGUUCAAAUGGCAUUAGUAGGUAGUUCUACCUUAACAUUACAUGAGAAUUGCCUAAAAAAAAUAGCAGAAGCUGCAAUAGUUUCAAUAUCUACUGCCAGAUUAAAGGAUUUUGAAAGGUUAGUUCUUAUGUAUGGGAUUUUUAAUUUUAAGCCAAAAACAAAAUUUUGCCUUUUUUCUAAGGUACUAGAUGAGUUGAGAAAUCCAGAACGAGAAGAAGAAAUCAACCAACAUGGCAGAUCAUUUUCUUGUUGUGUCGCAUACCUCUGCCUUCUUAAUAUCCAUGCAUUUGAUUUAAUGAAUAAAAUAUUAAGCUCAGACUUUUUGCAAAAUGCAUAUGGCAAACAUUGUUAUCAGUAUGGAAGAGAAAUUUUAACAAUUCACAAUACAGUAAAAAUAUUUGGAAAAAACAAAGUUGUAAACCUUCUUAAGGAUAAUCAAGUGGUCCUUUUAUCAAAAAAGUAUACAGAUUAUAUACCAAAUGAAGACUAUGAGAAACAAUAUAAUAUAUCAGAAAAGAUGUUCAUAGAUGUUGUUAAUAUUUUACGUGAUAUGCGUGGUGGUAAAAACUUUGUAACUAGUUAUCAUAUUCUUACCCAUCAUCAAAGAGGAGAUAUAAUAAUUUGUGAUAGUAAUGAAGGCUUUCCACUACCAGUUGAUAAAGCUUUUUCAGAAAAAAAAUUUGGUUUUAUUAUUGAACCCCCUGAUAAUAAUAAGUGGGUGUGUUUAAUAAUUGCUGGCAAAAACACCAUAAUUCAUAAUACAAAUACCCCAACUGGACAUUUUUACACUAAAAUCAAGGAACUAAAUGUGCUAGGAUAUUGUGCAGCUUUAGUGACCUGGGAUAUUUAUAGUAAAUUAGAAAAAAAGGAUGACAAAAUGGAAUAUCUAAACACCGUAAUAAAAGAAGCUCUAAAUAGUAAAUUAUGAAUAGUGAAAUAUUUGUAGGUUUGUGUUUAAGAAAAAUAAAAAAUCUAU